AUGAAAGAUGCACUCCAACGCACUUUGUGUAACUUGGCAUCUCCAUCAUCACCUCCACACAUCACCCAACGGCGGACUUUUGACCCAAUUGGCAAGCUGUCGACCCCCAAACCCCGCCAUCGACUCUCUGCUGUGUCACGUGACCGCACAUCUCGUCUUCUGCGCCCCCUGAUGACCUCUUCCAUCCAGCGGUACGCCUUUUAUCUGUUUGGGCUGGGUGCCGCCAUCACGGCGUUUGUGGCUGCUGGGCUGUACAUUUUCCAGUCCAAGCUCAUCUAUCCGUCAAAUUUCCCCGCCGGGUCUCGAACACACGUGGACACGCCCGAUUCUCAGGGCAUGCCGUCAUACAAAGAUGUGACGAUUGAGACUGCCGACGGCGAGAAGAUCAAGGCGUUUGUGGUUCUGCACGACGAGUCGGAGCCCAACUAUGUGCCCAAGACGGUUCUUCUCCUGUGUCCCAAUGCCGGGAACAUGGGGCAUGCUCUGCCCAUUGUGCGGCUGUUCUACCAACAGAUGGGCUACAAUGCGGUGAUUUUUUCGUACCGAGGAUAUGGCUUGAGUACAGGCACGGCCAGCGAAGUGGGCAUCAAGACGGACGCCCGGGCGCUGUACAACUAUCUGCAGACCCAUCCGCAAAUCAAAAACACCUCUCUGGUGCUGUAUGGGCGCUCUCUGGGCGGCGCAGUGGCCAUUUACAUGGCGUCGCAGUUUGGCGGCUCCGAGGGCUCCAUCAUCAAGGGUCUGAUUCUUGAAAACACCUUUCUGAGCAUCCCCAAGCUCAUUGGGUACGUGCUUCCGUUCGCGGCGCCUUUUGCCCGACUCUGCCACCAGAAAUGGGAGUCGGAGAAACUGAUGCCCCUCAUCAACCCGCAAAUCCCCACAAUGUUCCUGUCGGGGCUCCGAGACGAAAUAGUGCCGCCUCCACACAUGAAGGGACUCAUUGGCAUGUGUCCGGCCGACGUCAAGGUCGUCGAGUACUUUGCUAACGGAACCCACAAUGAUACCAUUGUCCAACCCGAGUACUGGGAGAAGCUCGUUAUGUUUAUCCGAAAAUAUGUGGUCCCGAUUGAGUCUCACGAAAAGGAGAAGGAAGAGCAUCUGCACUAA